CAUUUAGUUUCUUUCUUUGUCUAAAUUUCCUAAACAUGAGCUACUACGAUCAUCAGCAACAGCCUCCAAUUGGUGUUCCUCCCCCACAAGGGUAUCCUUCAAAGGACCCUUAUCCUCCUCCAGGGUACCCUGCUCAAGGUUACCCUCCACCGGGGUACCCGCAGCAAGGCUAUGCUCCACAGUACGUUCAACAACCUCCUCCUAGGCAAGAAACCGGUUUUCUCGAAGGAUGUUUGGCUGCACUCUGCUGCUGUUGUCUACUCGACGCUUGCUUCUAAGUUCUUGAGACGUGGCGAAUUAUUCCGGGAGGCA